AUUUAGUUCUCACUCGGCGUUUGGCUCAAACAGAAUGUUUGCAGAUUUUUAGAGCAUUUCAUUAUUGCUUUCUUUUUUUUUUGCUGUACUACAGUUUACACCGUUACGAAUAAGUGCAGCGUGCGUGGUUUUAGUUGUGUCACCGCAAAAAUUAAAUAAAAUGAAUUGUUGAUAAACAAAAGUGAAGUGAAAAUUAUGUCACCGGGUUACUACCAAAAGUAACGGUACGGUGGUGGCACGCUUACUGCAGCACAUGCCAACACAUGUGAGAAUACCAGUGCUGAAGAUCGCACAUACCAUAUGUACAUAAGUACAUGUUUAGCUGGUCCCUUAAAUGAGUGAAAAUCAUCGCACGAGUUUUCUCAUAGUUUUGGAUUUUUUUUGUAUUUGUAUUUGUUUUCGUGUUUUUUUAUUUUUAAUUAUGUUGCCAUGAAAACUAUGAGCUCAGCUAGAAUUUUACAACUGCAGCAGUUCGCAUGAGUGCGCCCAUAUGUGCAUGCGUGUGCGUGUGUUCGUGCAUUCCGCUGCGCUUUGCGGAAAUCGACGUCUUAUCACCUUUUUAACGGCAGUGAAAGCUGUGGAACACUUCGAUUUCUACGCUGACAUUCGGUGGAAAGCCAAAGAACGUUUCGUACGUCUGUUGUAACGGUAGCUACGUAAAACUGAUUUCGAAUAAAGUACCUACUCCUUUUGUUGAACUUCCGGUGGAUUUUAUGUGCAAACGCGUGUGUGACAAUGGACGAAGUCAAUGAAUACGGCGAGGAUGUGGAAACUUUGUGCAAUUAUGUGGCUUUAAGAAAAGUGAUACCCUUCGAGGUGAAAUAUUGGCGCUGUUCGGCAGGCAGCAGUCUGGGAGACAAUUACAUGUCGGUAGUUAAACGUAUAGAAGUAAGCACGCAUGAAUUUGACAGCGGCGUGGCGCAGCGUAAAGGUGAACCGCAUUUUAGUUUCAUAGUUAAAAGACAAAUUUUAAGUCAAUCGCGCCGCCUGCUGUUUCGCUGUGACGAAGCAUUUUACAACGAAAUAAACGCCUAUACACAUGUGAUACCAGCCUUAGAGAAAUAUUUCAUCAACGGCGACACAGUAUUCCCACAAUGCUAUUAUGCCGGCACGGACAAGAAAGGCGAGCUCAUAGCGUUGGAGGAUUUGAAGCGACUCGGCUAUCGCAUGCCAAAUCGUUUGGUGCCCUUCGACCUACACCAUUGUGAAAUAGUGAUGAAGGAACUCGCCAAGUUACAUGCUACAUCAAUAGCGGCUAAGCAUUUGGACGAUAGCAAUUUUCGCGAACGCUAUAGCAAAGUUAAUGAAAUUGUGUAUUGUGCUGAAGCGGAAAGCUUUUAUGGCAAUUUACUCACGUCUUCAAUAGAGGAAUCGUUGAAAAGUCUACGCGAAUCCAACGUUGAUGGCAGUCUUUCCGAUUCAAUCUGUGUGAUAGAGCAACUGAAAACUGAGUUGUAUCAGAAAAUUAUGCAUAGUAUUAAAAAUGCCAGCGAUUGUGUUAGUGUAAUGUGUCAUGGUGAUUUGUAUGUCAAUAACAUCAUGUUUAUGUCCAACAUGGAGGAUGGCAGCGCCGGUCAAGCACCGAAGGCGGUGAAAUUCUUCGAUUUGCAGGCAAUGCGUUAUACUUCGUUCAUAUUCGACAUCCUUCAUUUUAUGUUUACCAGCACGAAACGCGAACUGCGUGAUGCACAUACGAAUCGUUUGCUGGAAACAUACCGCCACGCGCUGCAUACUCGUUUGGAACAACUCUUAGAUUCUCGUGAGCAUUUAGCCUCAAUUAGAGAGACAUUUUCACUGGAAAAUAUUAUUAAAGAGUUCACAGCACAUGCGCUGUACGGCUUAGCCAUAUCCAUGUGGGUAUUGCCUGCAGUUACAUUCGAUCCGAAUAAUAUACCAAAUUUAGAUGCCAUCAGUGAAGCCGUACCAAAUGCCAACGAAAUAAAAGUUACACAAAAAUUAACCGACGAGUAUCAUUCCAGAAUAAAGGAUCUUGCGCUGGAGUUUCAUCAAAACGGCUACUUUGGUUCAUGGUUAGAAAAAUAGUUGAAUGCACACUUGCACAUAUGCAUUUAGUUAAAUUUAGCAACAAUUAUUUACGUUAAGUAGCUGACAAAGGCAUGUGAUUAGAGUGGUUACCAAAAUGUCGCGAAAUAAAAUGCAUAUAUUUUUUUAAAUAUACCGUGUAUAUAUAAGAACCAAUGUUUUAUUUCACAAUUCACUUUAAAAAAGUUUAUGGUUGAUUCCGAAAAAGAAUCAAAAAAUUAAAUAAAAACAAUUUAUAAAAAAAAAACAAUUACCGGCACUCAAAAUUAACUGUCCCAAUUG